AUGCUCCGCCCUCUCGGGCGCCGGUCGUGGACGUGCCGCAAAUGUCUUUCACGACGACAAUUACGAGCCUUCGAAACCGCCGCGUCGCAAGCCCCCAGACUUAACGCCGACUACGUUCCAGCAGAUAAUCGCACUCCGAGAAAGAAUGUCGACGAUGAGACUUUACGCCGUGUGUUCGACUCGCAGCAGUUCUGGAAGGAGUUCUCAUACAAGCGCAGCACAGCUUCCAAGCGGGCAGGGUUGGUUCAGAACCAAUACUUGACAAGUCCAGAUGGCUUCCGCACAUUUGCCAAUGUCUCGCUGCAGAAAUGCCAGGCGAUUGUGGCGAAGGUUUUGCAAGCGUCUACUUUGGACGAAUAUCGGGCCUUGGCACGGAAUCUUGAUCGGCUAAGCGACCUUUUGUGUCGUGUGAUCGACCUUUCAGACUUCAUUCGAACGAUCCAUUCCGAUCCCCGGAUCCAAGAAGCAGCGACGCAGGCGUACGCGCUCAUGUUCGAGUACAUGAAUGUUCUUAACACGACUACAGGUCUUCAUGACCAGUUGAGAAAGGCUAUCGCGAAUCCUGAGGUGACUUCGCACUGGACCGAGGCGGAGACAAUCGUGGCACAGAUUCUCAUGAAGGAUUUCACAAACUCGGCCAUUCAUAUGCCGCCGAGCGAAAGGCAGAGAUUCGUGAAUCUGUCUAAUGAUAUCAGCCAGGUCGGCUCAGAUUUCUUUGGUGGCGCGGAGCCAGCCAAGUCUCAGGUGGUUUUCAAUGCGAAUAGCCUCCAAGGGUUGGACCCGUUGAUGGUCCAGCGGAUUAAGAAGUGGAAUAAUAAGGCCCCAGUGCCAACUGCGGGGAUAGUCCCUCGGCUUGUGCUACGAUCUGUACGAGAUGAGUCCGUUCGGAAGGAAGUAUAUCUCGCGACUCGAACGUCCAGCUCUCGCCAAAUUCACCGAUUGGAGAAACUUUUGAUGAAGAGAUCCGAGCUGGCACAACUCUCGGGUUACAACAGCUUCGCCGAUAUGACUCUGAGCGAUAAGAUGGCCAAGACACCCGAGGCAGUCUCUAACUUCCUGACGUCACUGAUCUCGAGCAACCGAGGGCUUGUUAGCGAAGAGCUGUCUCAGUUGCAGCAAAUGAAGGGCAGCUCGCUGCAGCCAUGGGAUCAUGCUUAUUAUGUCCACAAGCGUGUGAUGGAGUACUCUCAGGCCCGCCGCUCGCGUGAGUUGAGCGCCGUCCCGGAGUUCUUCUCUCUAGGCACAGUCAUCCAAGGUCUGUCCCGACUCUUCGAUCGCCUCUACGGUGUCCGGCUGGUACCUCAGGAGGCAGCUCCUGGGGAGACCUGGCAUCCAGAUGUCCGCCGGUUGGAUGUGGUCAACGAGGCCGAGCAGCAUAUUGCAGUUGUUUACUGUGAUUUGUUCUCUCGACCGGGCAAGCACCCGAACCCUGCCCAUUUUACCCUGCGCUGUUCGCGUGAGAUAUUAGCCGAUGAGGUUGCGGAAUGCGCUUCGAUGGAUCAGUCUGUUCACCCGAAUGAUGGAAUGGCCACUGCAGUUGACCCGCAGACGAACACUCUGCGCCAACUGCCGACCAUUGCUCUCGUGUGCGAUUUCCAGGAACCCGUCACAAAUGGAUCUGGUCGGCCGACACUUCUGAGUGAGCAAAGCGUGCGCACCCUCUUCCACGAGAUGGGUCACGCUGUUCAUUCGAUUCUGGGCCAGACUCCCCUCCAGUCAAUUUCCGGCACUCGAUGCUCGACCGACUUUGCCGAGCUUCCUUCCGUGCUGAUGGAGAGCUUUGCUACUGCACCGGAAGUUCUUUCGCUCUACGCUCGGCACUGGAAGACCAAUGAGCCUCUGUCAGAGAGCAUGAUGCGUAGCAUGGAACAAGACCGCAAUGCCCAUGGAUCGAUCUACGGAGCCGUUGAGAAUGAAGCGCAGAUUCUCAUGGCUCUAGUCGACCAGGCUUACCACUCGACCCCCUGUGAUCAGGCAGCUAAGGGCAUUGAUACUACCGAUAUCUACCACAAGGUGUUCAAUCAGUAUUCCAGCCUGCCUGACCCGGAUGAUAUCCGGCCCCGAACUUCCUGGCAAGGCUUUUUCGGCCACUUGUACGGCUAUGGUGCUACAUACUACAGCUAUAUCUUCGAUCGGGCGAUCGCCAACAAGAUCUGGCAGGAUGUCUUCCUAUCUGGAAGAGCUGCCGUCGAUCGCGCCGCAGGCGAACGAUAUAAGAACGAGGUCCUCCGCUGGGGAGGUGGCCGCACAGGCUGGCAGUGCGUUGCGGGCGUGUUGGGCGAGGAUAACCCCUCCAAUGCCAACGGCCGAUUGGUCGAAGGCCGUGACGAAGCCAUGCGUGAGGUUGGCCGCUGGGGCCUCGGGAGAGACGGGUUGUCUGGCUGA